AGCGAAAAUUGAAUUUCUCUGCUUCUGCUAACUGGAAGUUAGAGCUUUCUAUCAGUGAAUCUGCUUACUUCUGCUGCUUUUGCUCUGUCUAACCUUCUGCAAAGGCAACAGGUUCUCAGACUUUUUAACAAGAAUUUAUUUCCCUCUUGUGUGGAGCAGCUCUGAUUUUUCAUCAUGAGGAGACUGUGUGUGUCUUUAGUUCUCUUACAGCUGAUUAGGACUUGUUUCAGCCAGUUCCCUCGCCCUUGUGUCAACUCAGAAGCACUGCGGACCAAAGAGUGCUGUCCAGUGUGGGCUGGAGAUGGCUCAGCCUGCGGUGCCCUGUCAGGCCGCGGUUUCUGCACAGAGGUGGUGGUUUCAGACGAGCCACACGGGCCCCAGUACCCUCACAGUGGGAUUGAUGACAGAGAGCGCUGGCCUUUAGCUUUCUUCAACCGGACAUGCCGUUGUGCUGGAAACUAUGGAGGUUAUAACUGUGGCGAAUGCAGGUUUGGUUAUUGGGGUUCAAACUGUGCUGAGUACAGAGAAUCAGUGCGCAGAAACAUCCUGACUAUGUCAACUGCUGAGCAGCAGAAGUUCAUCUCUUAUCUGAACCUGGCUAAAAACACCAUCAAUCGUGACUACGUCAUCUCCACUGCAACAAGGGCAGCGAUGGGUGACAAUGGCGAGAACCCCAUGUUCUCUGACAUCAACACCUAUGACCUGUUUGUAUGGAUGCAUUACUAUGUGUCCCGAGACGCCCUCUUGGGAGGACCAGGGAAUGUAUGGCGAGACAUCGAUUUUGCCCAUGAAUCUGCCGCAUUUCUGCCGUGGCACAGAGUCUUCCUUCUCCACUGGGAGAAUGAGAUCAGGAAAUUGACGGGAGAUUUUAACUUCACCAUCCCUUAUUGGGACUGGAGGGACUCCCAGACCUGUGACGUGUGCACCGAUGCCUUGAUGGGUGGACGCAGCUCCCUCAAUCCCAACCUCAUCAGCCCUGCUUCUGUCUUCUCGUCAUGGAAGGUGAUCUGCACCCAGCCAGAGGAGUAUAACAGCCGAGAGGCACUGUGUAACGCCACCGGGGAGGGUCCACUGUUACGUAAUCCCGGUAACCAUGAUUCCAAUCGUGUGCAACGAAUUCCCACUUCGGCUGAUGUGGAGUUCACUUUGGGCCUCCCCGAGUACGAGACGGGAACCAUGGACCGCUUUGCCAACAUGAGCUUCAGAAACGUAUUAGAGGGUUUUGCAAGUCCAGAGACAGGUAUGGCCCUGACAGGCCAGAGUACCAUGCACAACUCCUUGCAUAUGUUCAUGAACGGUUCCAUGUCAUCAGUACAGGGUUCAGCCAACGACCCAAUAUUCCUGCUGCACCAUGCUUUCAUUGACAGCAUCUAUGAGCGCUGGCUCAGGAACCACCAGCCUCCCCGAACCAGCUACCCACGCACCAAUGCCCCUAUUGGCCACAAUGAUGGCUAUUACAUGGUUCCCUUCCUGCCUCUCCAUAGAAAUGGAGAUUAUUUCCUGUCCAACAAAGCUCUUGGAUAUGAAUAUGCCUACCUGUUGGAUCCAGGCCAGAGGUUUGUCCAGGAGUUCCUGAACCCCUACCUCCAGCAGGCCCAACAGAUCUGGCAGUGGCUCCUGGGUGCCGGGAUUCUGGGAGCUCUGAUUGCUGCAUUAACUGCCGUGCUCAUUGUUUUUGCAAGAAGGAAGUGGAAGCGCAGCCAGAGGAGGAAGAGAGCACCGAGCUAUGGGGAGAGACAACCAUUACUGCAGAGCAGCUCAGAGGAAGGUUCCUCUUCAUAUCAGACCACUCUGUAACACAGAUACUGUACAUCCUUAUCACUGUAACGAAGCCAAUGAAAGACAUGAAUCUGAUUACAUUUUAAAUACAUUCAGGUGCAAAUGAGCCAGUGAAGCAACUUUAAAAAAAAGAAAAAAAAAAGUUCAUCCAAACAAGAAAAACUAUACUUACAACUCAUAAGUAUCUGCUUUGAACAGAAAGGAAGUGAGUAGUGGUCAUAGUACUGAAACUGUUUGGCUUAGCACAAAAUGUGAUGUUUUUCCUUUGGCAACUUUUUUUUUAAACUUUACUUACUGACCUGAGUAGAGGUGAAAUUUAUCAUUCCUUAAUAUUAUAAUUAUUAUAUCUAUAUUAUUUAAGCAUAAUUUUCUUUAAAGGGCACAAGCUGGGUCAGGUUUACUAAAGCGGAUCAAAUUUAACAGCUCAAGGGCAACUUAGACAAAAGGAGGUAUUUUAAACCACUUUAAGCAACAACAGGUCUGUAUGGGUUUACUGCUCAGGUUGUUUUGAAGGCCGCUGAAGUCAAACUGAAAAAUACCAUGAGGAAGUAAGGCUCAAACAAUUUUUUUUUUCAGAUGCAAACAGUGUUAUAAAUUUAGUUUGAGUGGCAUUUUGUGGCAGAGAAAACACUGAAUCACUCUCUAGUGUGUUUGAACUGGUGCUAGAAGACCAGCGUGCUGUGUUGCUUGCAGUCUGCCACAAGCAAACUAACUGUAGUUGUUACAAUGCUAAGAUGAAUCACGAGUUUGUACAUGCUGCAAUAAAAAUCAGACUUGAUGCAAA